GUUCCUCAACAACGUCUUCCCCAGCGGCUGCUUUGCCAUGAUCCCACCUGACACGAGACAAAAAGUGCGACGUGGAGACGCCUUCGGUUGCUGCUUUAAGGGCUGCUCCCCUCUCUGCUGUCUCUGGCAUUGUUUGGGCGAUGGUCCUGACUGAGCAGCAGAGCAUCACCCAGAUGCAGGGCUACGGCUGUAUGGGGGGGUUGAGCUUGUAAACAGCAGCAUGGGAGCCAAACAGAUGAAAUGCCUUAGCUCAGCCAGCCCUGCUCACUCCCCCAAAGAGGAGUAUGUUAUCACCCAGUGUGCUGACACCCCUAAAGAAGAAACACUCCACGAUCAGUCUGAGGACCAGGGGGAUGACACAUCUGAGCUGACAGAGAAGAAAUCUGUCACAGAGGAUGUGUCUCUGUGUGGAUUGUGUCCCUCCCUCGGGCACAAUGUGCAGGAGGAGGAGAAGUCCUGGGAGGAGCAGCUGGAUGCACACCAGGAGCAGCUGGAGAAGGAGAUGCAAGAGGCCAGGAGGAUGGUGUUCCGCCUUCAGUCGCUGCUACUCCAUGGCUCCCUCCCCGAAGAGGACCAGGAUGGAUCUGUGAGCUUCGGAGAUAACCGGUCUAACGCUGAACAGCAGCUGGUUCUAUUCCGCAGUCGUCUGGACCAAAGCACAGAGGAAGCCCUUGAUCUCAAGAGGGAACUCCUGAGAAACAAACAAGAGGCACGCCACCUUCAGGCCAUCAAGGAUGCUUUACAGCAGCGCCUGGCAGUGCAGGAGGAUGCUGUGCUGCAGCUAAAGCAGGAACUACUGAGGUGCAACAUGGCCAAAGAUCAGCUGGAAGGGGAAAAUGGAGAGCUCAAACACAGGUUGAGUGAACGGAACAAAUUGCUUAAUGAAUAUGAGCAGCAGCUCGGGAGGAAGGACAGAAUACUGCAGCAACAGCAGCAAAAGCUUGAUGAUGCUCAACAUAAAUCACAUGAGGUCAGCCUUGGACGGUCAUUCAGGAGUGAAAGCGGUGGUUACGGUAACCCAGUGACUUCAACAUCUCCUGCAGUAUUCCAACACACUGCCCCAGGGGAAGAGCUGCAGCUGGUCAGGGAAGCACUGCGCAGUUUGAGGGAUGGCUUUUCUGGCCAUGACCCCCAACAUCACACCCUCGACACCUUGGAGCAGGGCGUGGCCAGUCUCAUGGACCGAUUACACACUGUGGACAGCCAACGCAGACAGGACAGAGGGGAGGAAUUUAAAUCACCGGGACGCAGAGCCAACUCGACAGACCGUGACUCCUGGCCGCAGAGCUCAAAAAUGGCACACUCGCUCAGCAGCCCGGGCCUGGACACCGGCGUCUGCACUAAAGUGCUCUACUUCACUGACCGCUCGCUCACUCCGUUUCUGAUUAACAUCCCAAAAAGGCUGGGCGAGGUGACACUGCGAGACUUCAAGGCCGCUGUGGACAGACAGGGCAGUUUCAGAUACCACUUCAAGGCCCUCGACCCAGAGUUUGGCACAGUGAAAGAGGAGGUAUUCCAGGAUGGAGCAGUCGUGCCUGGCUGGGAAGGGAAGAUUGUAGCGUGGGUGGAGGAGGACCACGGAGAGAGAAGGUAGAGCCUAAAUACCACAGAUCACCACUACAAACCUCAGUUGUUCGCACUGGACCAGGAUUUCAAUGAAAAUACUUAAACGAGAAAAAGUAUAAUGCCACUAACCAGGACCAAUGGAUAUACACACUUGUUACAAAACCAUGUUUUAAAAGUGAAUGUUUCAUAUGAAGAAUUUGACUUGACAUUGAGGUAGCACUUUAUUUUUAGGGAAUUGUUUUCAGCUCUAAACAAAUGUGUUAAAUUACCAAUUAAUGGUCAGAAAUGUGAUACUGGAAACUGAUUUACAAUAACAUGUUUAAAGUUGUGUUCUAAAAAGCUGUCACCAGUUCAUGGUAGGCAAGCUUUGAAAUAAGUGUUUAGUAACAUUUUUCACUUUCCAGAUUGCCAAAUAAUUAUGUUGUUCUGCAUCAAUUUUGAUGUUUUAAUAAACGUGAAUUAUCGCAUGCAU